AGAAUUUCUUUUUCAAUUAUUCUUGAACAUUAGAAAAUAUAUUUGAUCCUUUAAUAAUUUAUUGUUUACACUAAACAACCAUGUUGCAAACGAAACCAUGCACAAAGUUCAAGUUAAUAUAUAAAACCGGGUUUCGUGUUUUGUACGAUGCAAUUAGUUUCGGACUCUGAGGUUGCAAGAUUAAUAUCUUGUUUUGCAUCCCCUCUUUUCGGUUGAACGGGGGGGGGAGGGAUUAUUGAGAGCUUCAAUUAUCAAGGUGUGCAAAGUGCAAAAUGUUUUUUUUUCUGAAAAUACUGUCAACUAGUAUAACUGGUGCCUUUUGUCACCGUUCCCAGGCUUGCGGAAGGCAGCUUUAAUGCCGAUUAUUUUAUCCAAAUAUUUUUAUAUUUACUUUUUUCGUCUAAUUGUUAAUAUAACAAUAUGUUUAGAACUGGGUCGAUUCUACAUGGUAUGGUUCUCUUAUAGAUCAACAUAUAAGUCCCAAACCCCCGGAACUGUUACCAAAAAUCCUGGAAAAGUUACAAAACCCUUUGGACAUGUUACAAACAAUCCUGCCACUGUUAAAAACACAAUUGGAACUGUUACAAAAACCCCUGGAAUUGUUGCAACUUCCCCCGGAACAAUUAAAAAAAGUCCUGAAACUGUUACCAAAGCCAUUGUAAUCAAAUUCCCCGGAAAUGUUACCAAAAGUCAUGAAGUUACAAAACCCCUGGAAACUGUUGCCACUACCCCAGGAUUUGUUACAAUUAGUUCCGAAACUGUUACAAAAAUCCUCGGAACUGUUACCAAAAGUCAUGAAGUCACAAAACCCCUGGAAACUUUUGCCACUACCCCAGGAUUUGUUACAAUUAGUUCCGAAACUGUUACAAAAAUCCUCGGAACUGUUACCAAAAGUCCUGAAACAAUAACCCAAAACCCUGGAACGGUUGCCAAAAACCCUGGAACGGUUACAAAACGCACCGUUUGUACUUGUGAUUAUGAUUUGACGCUAGUCUGUGGAGAAGAUGGAAAAACCUACGACAAUGAAUGUUACGCAGAAUGUAACUUUAUAAAAGUUGCGAGCUGGGGCCCGUGCUAGAACAAUGCGAAGGAUGCAAAACAAAAUGAUAAAAUUCAGAAAAUUAAAGAAGAUUAGAUCAAUAAAAAGCAUUUCAACAAUGUA